CGCGGCCCUGCAGGACCGCCACAGUUCGCAGUGCACUUCGAGACGCUCGCCACACUGGGAAACAGGAAACGCCGCACACCGACCCUCCCGAGACACUCGGGGACUCAGUUCAGCCCGCACAGAGCAGAACGAUGCACGCGACGCUGCUGUGCCUUUGCGCGGCGGUUCUUGGAGCCGCAGCGCAAAGCAGGCUGCUGGACUCAACCGGAAACGUAUUGACGCUCUUCGACGAGUUCUCCAAGAUCCAGUUCACCGUCCUCACUAACUCCCGCAACGCAAGCUUCCCGAUCCACAACGCCUCCGACCUGCUGGCGGACCCCUCCUUCGACGCGUCCAAGCCCACCGUGCUCUACAUCCACGGCUACCUGGAGUCCCAGGACAGCGACAGCGUCGGCAAGAUGGCCCGAGCGUUCCAGAGGCGCGGGGAGCACAACUUCGUCCUGGUCGACUGGAGCCAGUACGUGGGGGCUCCGUACCUCUCUGCCCACCUCCGCGUCACGGCGGCCGGGGCGGCCGUGGCCGGCGCGGUGCACCUCAUGGUGGACAACGGCCUCUCCAGGGAGGGAUUCUGGCCCAUCGGCCACUCCCUGGGCGGCCAGCUGGCCGGCGUCAUGGCCAAGUACCUCAACUUCAAGCCCUACAGGAUCACAGGUAGGCAGUGGGCCAGAAGACCGUUUUGGGUGGACGUGAUCCACACCGACUCCGGGGUGUUCGGCUCGGACCGCAACGAGGGCACCGUCGACUUCUGGCCCAACGGCGGCCGGCGCACGCAGCCGGGCUGCAGUGUAUCGCAGACCGGCAGCCCCUCGGACUCGCUGCUCUUCUGCAGCCACCAGCGCUCCUGGGAGUUCUUCGCCGAGUCCGUCAACGACGAGACCGCCUUCCCCGCCGUCAGCUGCCGCUCCUGGCUCGCCUUCCAGCGCGGCUCCUGCCCGCCCAACGACUCCAACGUCGUGUACAUGGGCUUCCCCGCGCCCGCCGCUCACCAGAGGGGCGUCUUCUACCUGCGCACCGGCGGCGUGUCGCCCUUCGGCCUGGGCGAGGAGGGAGACCGCCCGGAGAAGGUGGUCGUCGCAGCCACGUCCACGACCACAGAGAGCACCGGAAGACUCGGGUGACUUUCUCACAGGCGCCGCCAGGCCUUCAUCGACUUUCGCAUCAUGACGGGUGAAUCGGUUUACGAGUAAAGAUUAAACGGGUUCAAUCGUAAAA